AUGGAACUGGAAUCCCCUCUGUUCCGACCAUCGUCCUGGACCUGGAGACUCAACGAGGCGCUGCUGCUGGACCCCACCGCAAAAGAUCAAAUAAAUCAGGAGCUGGAACACUACUUCAGGGAAAAUGGCGUGCCUGAAGCAUCCCCGAUAUCCGUGUGGGAGGCCCACAAAAGCGUCAUUCGCGGUAUAUUUAUCCGCAUUGCGUCGCAAAAACGAAAAGCAAAUAUGAUCGAGAUGACCGACCUGUACCAGAAGAUAACUUCGCUGGAGAGCCAACACAAACGGUCACAGCUGAACAGAGUUUACGGGGAACUGAUGGAACACAGGAGGAAACGUAAAGACCUCAUCACACGAAAACACCUUCGCAAUCUACAACGUACAAAAGGGUUCUACUAUGCCCACGCUAAUAAGGGGGGGAGAUACCUGGCUAGGCUACUAAAGGGCCCCAUGCCCCACAGGCAAAUACGACAACUACGACUGGCCUCGGGCGAGGUGACCCCCUUCCCACAGAAGAUUGCUGAUGAGUUUCGGACCUUUUACCAAAACCUUUACAAUUUACAUCCUCCCCCUCGGACGACACUCGAAGCAAGCCACAACACACGAAUAACAGACUACUUGUCCAACACGAUCACUAACGUGAUCGACCAAGACUCAGCAUGGAGGAGCUAG